AUGGCAGCAGAACCCGUACCUGCGGGUACCCGCCCCGCCCCUACCUGGCCGGGGCAGUUCCGUGUCUCCUUCAAGCCGCCUGUGCCUGUCGCUCCUCCUCCGCGCAACUCGUCUGAUUCGUCUCAUUGCCACUCCUCCGCAGCGCGUCUCUUCCACGUGACCGCGUCUCCUUCAAGCCGCCUGUGCCGGUCACUCCUCCUCCGCGCCGCCUCUCAGUCCGAAAUCAUCUGCGCUCCUUCCGGCCUCCAAGUGUUUUCAAAUUACUUCAUGGCUAGUAAUGCUAGAGAAGACACACAAAGCAACAGUGUUGCUCCAAAUGAUAAUGAAAUUGAAGUGCAAAGUAAUGCUAAUCCAACUUUAGAAACUUCACAAGCAACGGAUAAUGUCUCAACUCCAAAAGGAUCAACUCCUAAUGAAGGUGACAAUAAGACUCAUGUUAAGAGUGCUUAUUGGGAGUAUUUUGAUCGUUUGAAAGUUGAAGGUGAAUGGAAGGCGAAAUGCAAGUUUUGCAAGAUUGUGUUUAGUGCAAAUCCGAAGAAUGGUACCAAGUCAUUGAGGAACCAUGUGGAUCGAUAUUGUAAGAGAAUAAAGGUGGCAAAUUCUAGGUAA